AUGUUCUCUCACAUAGUUACAGCCGCUAAGGGUCUUUUCACGCGAUCCGAUUCUCGAUCCGAUUCCGCAGAUCCUGCUGAUACCUCCAACACAACUACAUCGAAAAUGGUCUCCUCCACUCGACGAGCAGCGGCUGCAUCCAAAAGCGCCAUUGAGGCGCGGGGUGCCGAAAGCACCAAGAAGCAGGGAAAGCGAAAGGCACCGAGCGAUGAGCAGCAAACCAAGCGACGAAAGCGUAAUAGCCUAGAGGCUGCAGAGAGCGACGAGGAAGAAGGCGAAUCCUCCAAGACACCCGCCGUCGCAAAUGAAAAGAAGAAUCAUUUCCGAUUUGGUAGCGAGGAGCCCGAGAUUCCCGAGGCUCAGCCUGAAGCAAUUCCUCAGGUCCCCAACAACGACGAAGAGGACGAUAGCGACAGCGAUGAUGACGCACCUGAGACUUUCGACAACUCAGCCCAGCUCAUGAAGAUCAAGGAGCAAGCAAAGAAACAGGAAAAAAUGAAGCAAAUAGAGGAACAAUUGAGGAAGGAAAAACGCAGAAAACUAGACGUGCGCCGAAAAUUGCAAGCCAAGUCAAGACCCAAGGAGACUGCCUCUAGCGACGAUCUCCUUUCCGAGAGCACAGCUACUCUUCAGGAUUCGAAUACACAAGAUGCACGCCGGAGUGCCCUCCCUGCAUUGUUGCCCGAUGAUAUUUUGAAUGCCGAGCCUGUUCUUCGACCUCCCACUCCCCCAGCAGAGGAUUCAUUCAUGCCAAGAAAGUCAAAUAAGUUGCGUUUCCUGGAAAAAUCUGAAAAAGCGCCCAAGGACGUGCAGGUGGGCGACGUUACCAUUCGAGUAUUGGAUGCGCCAUCCUCGAAACCGAAAUCAAACCCGACUCUGGCUCCCAAGGCUUCCAAGGCUGGCCGGAAUGUAAAGGACAAUUGGUUGAAGAGACAACGAAGCACUGGAACGGUCAACGGUUUGCGGAGAACAGCAGGCGGUUCUUCAGGGUUCGUGCGCCGGUAA